AUGUCUUCCGAGAACGUCGAUGCCCCCAAGGCGGCAGAGGGCGCGCCCGCCCAGAGCCUGCCUUCAAGACCUGCGAAGCAGCCCAAGGAGAAGAAGGCUGGCGGCGGCAAGGCUUCACUUGAGCUCCCCGCUCUGCCCGAUUUUAUCCAACACCGCAUUGCCAUCUUCGACAAGAUCAAGGCCAAGCGAGACGCCGAGGUUGCUGCCAAGCCCCGUGAGGAAAUCACCAUUUCCAUGCCCAAUGGCAAGGAGGAGAAGGGUACCUCAUGGGAGACCACCCCCGGAGCCAUUGCCAGGGGCAUUUCGAAGUCACUGUUCGAACGCACCGUCAUCUCAAUGGUCGAUGGAGAGCUGUGGGAUCUUACGAGACCGCUUGAGAAGAGCUGCAAGCUGGAGCUGAUUGAUUUCGAGAAUGAAGAGGGCAAGAAGGUCUUUUGGCACUCUUCGGCUCACGUUCUCGGUGAGGCUGCCGAGAGACGAUUCGGCUGCUACCUCUGCAACGGUCCCCCUACCACCGAUCCCCCUGGAUUCUACUACGAUAUGGCCAACAUGGAGAACCAAGUCGUUCAGGAGGAGGACAAGAAGGCUUUGGAGUCUCUCGCCAAUUCCAUUAUCAAGGAGAAGCAGCCCUUUGAGCGUCUCGAAAUGACCAAGGAUGAGCUCCUCGAGAUGUUCAACUACAGCAAGUACAAGGAGUACUUCAUCAACCAGCGAGUUCCUGACGGUACCCUGAGCACUGUCUACCGAUGCGGUCCUCUUAUCGAUCUGUGUAGAGGUCCUCAUGUUCCUACCACCGGAAACAUUAAGGCUUUCACCGUCCUCAAGAACUCUGCCGCAUACUGGCUCGGCAACAGCGCCAACGAGUCCGUCCAGCGAAUCUCUGGUGUUUCAUUCCCUGACAAGAAGCAACUUGAGGAGUACAAGACGUUCCUUGAAGAGGCUGCGAAGCGCAACCACCGAAAGAUUGGUCUGGAGCAGAAGCUGUUCUUCUUUGACGAGGUUUCUCCUGGAUCCACCUUCUUCUUGCCCCACGGCACCAGAAUUUACAAUGCUCUGAUGGAGUUGAUCAGGGGCGAGUACAAGAAGAGAGCCUUUGACGAGGUCAUCAGCCCCAAUGUUUACAAAUCUGACCUGUGGAAGACCUCUGGCCACUGGGGACACUACGCUGAAAACAUGUUCACCUUUGAUGUUGAGAAGGAGACAUACGGCUUGAAGCCCAUGAACUGCCCUGGACACUGCAGAAUCUUUGCCCACUCAGAUGUCACUUACAAGGAUCUGCCAUGGAGGAUGGCUGAUUUUGGUGUUCUGCACCGAAAUGAGUUCUCUGGAGCUCUUUCUGGACUCACCCGUGUGCGCCGUUUCCAGCAAGAUGAUGCUCACAUCUUCUGCACAGUCGACCAGAUUCGCGAUGAGAUUGUAGGCGCUUUUGACUUCCUUUACAGCGUCUACGGGCUGUUUGGUUUCUCCUUCAAGCUAAAACUCUCGACCCGUCCCGAGAAAUACAUUGGUGAGGUCGCCAUCUGGGAUAUGGCUGAGGCCAAGCUCAAGGAGGCCCUGGACAACUUCACCCAGAAAAUUGAUUCCAAGUGGGAGGAGAACCCCGGUGAUGGUGCUUUCUACGGCCCAAAAAUUGACAUUACCGUGUACGAUGCCCUGCGACGAGAGUUCCAGUGCGGUACGAUCCAGCUCGACUUCAACCUGCCCCAGCGAUUCAAGCUGCGUUACCUCGCCGCCAAGGGUGAGAGCAGCGCCAACCAGAACAGCAACGAUCCCGAGCUGCCAGUCGGCUAUGCCCGACCUGUCAUGAUCCACAGAGCCGUGCUGGGCAGUUUCGAGCGAAUGUUUGGUAUUCUCACCGAGCACUUUGGUGGCAAGUGGCCAUUCUGGCUGAGCCCUCGUCAAGUCCUGGUAGUCCCUGUGAUGCCCGCAGUAAAUGACUACGCCAAGGAGCUUCAAACCAUCUACCAGGAGAAGGGCAUCUACAUUGACGUUGAUCUAAGCAGCGACACUUUCCAGAAGAAGAUUCGCACUGGACAGCUGAAGCAGUACAACUUCAUCUUUGUCGUCGGAGCCGAGGAAGCCAGCUCACGCACCGUCAACAUCCGAAACAGAGAUGACCAGAGCACACAGAGCAAGGGAGCGCUGAUCCCCGUGGAUGAGGCACUAGAGAAGCUGAUUGCUUUGAAAGCGGAGAGGAGACUUGUCAAUUCCAUCUAA